CUUUGCCACUCGUGCGUGCUGACUUAAUCUUUGCUCCAGUCGCUUCGGGUCUUCGCAACUCCGCCGCUCUAACCUUGUGCAUAUGCGCUAUAUGCAUGGCAGCAACUCCGCUUUUACCUACCAAACGCUAGGAGCGCCGUUCUCACGAGUCACGGGAAGCCCGCACGUGAUCAAUGCAUGCUGACUGCUGUAUCUGCCAAAACUUCAUGAAAGUCAAAGUAAAGCCUUGGUCAACUCCAACCUACAACUUACAAGAGGAAUAACUCAUUAAGUGGACAGGCAAGUGCAAGUGAAUCCCGGUACAAUCCCGAAUCUGCAUUCUUGAUACAACUUCUACUGAUGUCAACUUCACAGAGUGGAACAUGGCAAGGAAACUAAAACGAUGUUUGAACAUUUUAAUGGACUUCGCCAACCUUUUCAAGGCAUUCAUUGGUGUGAACUACCUGUCCAUAGCCUUUGCAAUCGGCCAGAGUGGUAUUGCACUUGGUAUCAUUGGAUUGCUUUUGAUUGCCGUGGCAACGGUGCAUGGCUGUCAUCUCCUCAUCAAAUGCAAAAGACAAGUUAUUCAGAAUAUUGUGAGAGCCAACUUUCCAAUUGGAUCUCAAUCAACUGAUGAUGAUGAUGGUGCACACAAAAGAGGAUUGCUCUGCAACAUAAUGGAAAAGCAGCUGUCCUACGGUGACAUAGCGUUUAUGAUAUUGGGCAAAUUUGGCACAAUACUAGUAAACUUCUCCCUUGUCGUCACUCAGUUUGGAUUUUGUGUUAACUAUUUCAUAUUCCUUGGGAACACAUUUGAGAAAAUGUUUCCUUACUAUCUUCCAUCCAUUGACAUUCUUGAAAGUAACAGCACAACUGAAGUACACGUACCAUCCUAUGAUGCUUUUGCUGAUGAAAUUCAACACUUGGAUGACAUCCAUUAUGCAUCAAACAGCUCUCCUGCUGCAUACAUUUGGCCAGUUAGUCUUGUUUCAAGAAGCCCAGGCUACAAUAUUGUGGUAUUGAUACCCCUACCAUUGUUUAUUCUGUUUGGAUAUCUGCGGAGCGUGCGUCUACUUGGUCCAGUUAGUGUCAUCGCCAACAUAUCCAUAUUCAUUGGCUAUGUUUCAAUGCUAUCUUACUUGUUAACAGAUUUCUGUGUUGCUGACAGCAUCUCAUGGUUCAAAUUCGACAAAUUGAAAACUUUUCCUAUAUUUUUUGGACAAGUUACUGGCUCGUAUGAAGGCAUUGGGACGAUUGUCCCGAUUGAAUCUAGUAUGGAUGGCAACCAUCACCUAUUUGCUCCUCUACUGUACUUGACCAUUGUUGUCUUCACAUUUGUCUUGGGAAGCAUGGGCUUUAUUGGAUAUCUUCAUCUUGGUGACUGUACAGCACAGGUUCUUAUAUGGAAUCUUGCACCAGGCAGUCUUCUGCAGCUAUUAGUCAGUCUGGUGGUCUGCAUUGGGGUAGUUUUUACAUUUCCGCUGCAGUGCUUUCCAGUCAUCGAAGUAUUUGAGGAACUAGUGUUUAUCAAAGGCAAAUGUUGCUCGUCCAAGCCUGUAUCUGUAAAUAGUGAUGCUGAAGAAGAUACAACUGAGGUGGGGGUUGCAAGCUCUUCACAAGAUGAUGUUGGUGAAUUACAGCAGCUUUUACAAGAUCCUGAAGUUACUAAUAUCCUGGAAAAGCUUCCUGUAGCCACUCAAGUACCACAGUCAGUCUCAGCUUGGAAGAGGAAUAUCUUGCGCACUACAAUUGUUGUUGCCCAACUUGGCUGUGCAUAUGCCUUCAAAGAUCAGUUUGCUUACUUUUCAGCACUAACAGGAGCCAUUGGAAGUACACUGCUUGCAUUUGUCAUCCCGGCUCUUCUACACAUCAAGCUGAAGAGACAAGAGUUAGGAAGCUUCAUCAUUAUCAAGGAUGUAAUGUUGAUUAUCUUUGGGAUAGUUGGAGGAGUUUCUGGUGUGUAUGCAUCAGUGUUAUCAAUUAUACAGCAUACAAAUACACCAUGUAGUGCCUCAUGUUGACAAUGUUUCCUAACUUUGGCUUGACAAAGACCUCAAGGACAGACUUUUUAAUAUUGUUAGACAGUAAAAAUUGUCAUCACGAGUCAGGAAUAGUUGUCAAUUACCAGAUAUGCAUAAAGCAUGUAAUGCUAACUGUUUUAUACAUCGGUGAAGGGCAACACCUAAUUACCUAAUUUGAUUUACUAUGUGGGUUUUUUUGCCUUUCAAUAUUGAUACAACUACGGUGCAAGCAAAAAAGAAGUGACUGAGUUAAAAGAAAAACAUUAACAGAUAUUUUGCGGACUCCUUUUUAUGAAAAUUCAGCGAAAUAUUGAGUGUUCAAACCUCAAGGGCACAGGUUCAAAAUUUGACUUAAACAGAGUUUUGAGUUAAGCAGGGUUGUAUAUCAUUGUUGUACUUCUGAAGGCAAUGGACUCUGUUUGACUUAACAGUUGGUUUUUGGUGGUUGUUUUUUUAGUCUUUAAUAUCGGAGUUUUACUUUAUGAGAUUUCACUGUAACGUGAAUAAAGUACAUUUGCUUGACUAAUAACUGUGAAAAUAUUGCAUAAUAAGUAUACUUUAAUCACAAAAAGUUAUUUCUAUUUUAAUAGAAAUACCACAAAACUCAGCUUUCCAUCCUGAUCAUCUACCGAUAUGCAUUGAGGAAAUCCCUUAAAUACAAUGAACUAAAACUUAACAAGGAAAACGGACAAAACUUACCAUUCUCAUUUCAGACGAAUGAGACUUGAUUUAUUCCUCAUCUACUAAACGCAACAAUCUGACAGUCAACAUGUACUUGUAAAAAUAAUGGUUCAGUCUUGACUCAAACUUAUAUCUCAUUUGAAUUUGAAUCUGUGUGGGUGUGUGUAAUUACGGGUUUUCAUUCAGCUGUAGAGUAUUAGGCAUUCUAUGGACAACUAAAAAAAAGGGAAUUUUAGUAAAACAUGCCACUUCUGAGAGCAAGGAUCAAUUUCAGUAAUUGUUUUUCUUCAGAUGAGUGGAAGAAUGUGCUCGUUUAAUACGUGCAUCAUUAGUGUGUCAAAUUCAAUGGCUUUUUCAGGGAAACAAAAUCAUUGCACUAAAUUUGGAAUAUAUUCUGGAGAAAUAAUUUCUGAAAAAGGAGGCAUAAAUUGCUGGUCUCAGCUGUGGUAUUGGAAUGCAUUUUAUACAUAGUUUUAAGCAAUGGUUUAAUUUAUAGUUUAUUAUACGUUUACAAAUAGGUGAAGACACGGUACCACAACUGUAACAUGUAUAAAAUUACAUAUGGGUAUCAAUUCCAGUUUUAUUGCAUUUUAGAAUUAAGUUGCAAGUUGGAAAGACUCAGUCAAUGACUCGACUUGAGUCAGAAUUUUUGCCGACUUGACUUGAGUCACUGCAAGCAAAUGGCUCAACUCGACUCCCAAUACUCGACUCAGUCAUGUCUCGACUCAGUCAGUCACUCAAUAGUAGAGUCCCAAAACUACGCCACAUUAUAUUUGCGGUGACUUGCAGUACAAAGUUACUUAUGUUUGGGUACUUUGCGUUACCGUCGAGUUGUGGCUGCUUAUUGCAUACAAUGCAUAUGUUGUAUGACGGAUUCCUAUCUCAUGGUUUUAUAAUGUAGUGCACAAAAUACUAUACCGGAAACAAACUUUAAUGCGUUUCAUCAUCGGCUUCGGUCGAUUUCUUUUUCCCUGGACAGAACUCUGGUUAAUUUUUGUCCUGCUUUGAAAAAAUAUACAUUGUAUUAUAUACAUUAUUAAUAAUAAUAUUACGGGUUCUUAUAUAGGGCUUUUAACUAAGAUCAAAGCACUUAACAUCAUUAUAGGCCCUACAGAUUUCUAUUUAAUCAGAAACACUUUUGUAUGUUGCAAUUUGGUUUUUGACUUUGUCAGUGUAAUUCUUUUUCAAAAACCCCAGUCAAACAGAGAUAAACUGAAGUUUUACUUCUUGUUAACUGUUAAGUAGAUCUUUGGUAAAAACGUCCAGCAGAAGCUGUUGGGUACCAUGCAGCAUAUCUUAUGUCUUUGGAUCUUAAUAAUAAACUGGUGCCCUGUGUGCCUUCUUCCAUUCUGUAAUUUAUUGAAUGGUGUUCAAA